AAGUAAGUAACAUUUAAGUCCCUGUUACAACAACUAAUUAACUCCAUAAAAGAAGAGAGAAAGGUGGGGUUUGGGAACGCGCAUGCUAACACGAUCAUGAUUUCUUCCAGUGAGCGGACGAGACAUUAUGGCUGCUGUAGCUGGACUUUAUGAAGUGACUAAGGAGUCUUAUCUCCGCAACCGGGUCGGUCAAGUACGCUCCUUCGCCCAGAAGCUCCAAGUUAAUGGUAUCCCAAUCCUGUCUCCUCCGGGUGGUCAUGCAGUGUAUCUCGACAUGGACGAGUUUUUCUUCGGUUGUGAUCGGCAACCAGGUGAUUUUGCUGCUGUAGGCUUCACCCUAGAGCUUCUUAAGCAAUAUGGCAUCCGAGCUGCUGAGGCUGGCCCGUUUGGAUGGCAAUGGGACAGACAAUCCCCCGAGGAUAGGGAGAAGAUCCCUAACCUAGUUCGAUUCGCCGUGCCGCGCCAUUUAUUCUCUGACGAACACAUCAAUUAUACUGUGGCAGCCAUUAAAGAUUUAUACAACCGCAGGCAUACGAUCCCAAACGUAGAGAUUACCAGAGGUCAUGAUAUAAAACUUCGCCACUUCUUAUGUGGCUUGAAGCCAAUUCCGAUGGUCCAGCACACUAAAGGGUCAUACCUAGAUGAAGGGAAACGACAACUAUCUCACUUGUGCAGAGCAGUUGGCCUAGACGAAAUGAAACGAGAUCAGCUAACAAGCGCUUUAGACCUCACGAUGAGUGACUGGGGCCAAUCACGGAUCCCUGAAGAAGUUGACAUGUCGAGAUGGGCCUCUCAUGUGAGCAACGACCACUCACCAUUCGAGUACUCAGUGGUCCUUGACCAGAAUACAGGAGAUGCUGAUGUGCGAUUCCUAAUCGAACCUCAAUUGUCAGCCAGCCAAGGAGAUGGCAAUGUCCUGGCGGCGCUCCAGGAGAACGCACUGCAAAUGAUGGCGGAUAUCGCAGAUAAAUAUGAGACAGUUGUUUCUCUGGACCGGUUCAACCUAGUACGAGACCUUUUCAUGCCAGUCGACCCUGAGGGGAAAUUCUCCAUGUGGCACAGCCAUGCGGCCACCAAAAAGGGGCCAGAGUGGAAGGUCUACUUUAACCCCUGUGCUACACCAGGGAGGGAUAGAGCACUGAGUGCAACCCGGACGGCGUUUGAGCGCCUAGGCAUGAUAGAAAUGUGGCGGCUUGUGGAAAAGACACUGGCACCGACCGAGUCCAUCGUAUACUUCUCUCUCGAUCUAACUCCCGACGUGGAUCGCGCACGCGUCAAGGUAUACAUCUCACAUCAGUCGGCGACAGCGCAAGCCAUUGCGCAGAAACACAUAGCUAUCUCCCCGCACGCUGAUGCAUACGAGGUACAGCGGUUCUGCGAGGUGAUGGCUGGAGGCUCGUUAGGCCCAUACGAGGAUAAACCGCUGCUGUCCUGCUUCGCCUUCACAGCACGCGGUCAUCCUGAGGGCACGGUGCACUUUCCGAUCGAUGCGUUUGCCGUCCACGACGAAGAAGCAGGACAGCGCCUCGAGAAUUAUAUGGCUGCUGUGGGCGCGGCACCGUUGUGCAGAGAGCGGUAUAGGCGCGUCAUCAGCGCCGUGCAGCGCAAACCACUGGAUCAGAGGCCGUGCAUACAGUCUUGGAUAAGUCUGAAGCAGCAGGCUGGCGGCAAGAAGUUCAAUGCUGUUUACCUCUCGCCAACUCUUUUUGCUGCGCCUUCGUCGGGCCCUUCGUGAAUACGGGACUCGGAUUCAGACGACGGAGGCUUCUGUCGUCGUUUGUCAAGGGAUCUGAAUGAUUUCCAACUGUAGCUAAUUUGACUCUUCUGUUAUACUGAAAC